AAGGUCGUUUGUUCGACGGAACGGGCGGAAAGUCCUUUGAAGAUUAUCUGUGCUGCUGAGGACGUUUGAGCGGUUUUUUUUUUUCAAGCGUCCAAGGGUAGGGGGGGGGCAUUGUGUGUGUGAGGGCUACUUGGUGCGCAACACGUAAAUGGAUUUUUCCCAUUUUUUUUUCUUCCUUUGUUUUUUUUUGGUUCCUCAGGUUGUUCUGACGCGUUAACGAGUUUUAAUUUGGGUUUUGCGUACGUGUGCGUGUGCUAAAUUGUUGGAAUUUUGAUAGCUAGGCUUUGCACGUUAGCUAUCCAUAUGUUUUUCUUUGUUUUUUUUUUUUUAAGGCCGAUUCCUCAUCCCCCAAUGUCUGCAUACAUACAUACAUACAUACAUUUUUGUUGUCACCUUCCAUCUUUUCUCUUUCUUUUGUCCGACAUGCAGAUAUAUGUUUAUGUAACCACAUCGCACAGUACUACUUUCACCAUCUUGUCCAUCCUUACAAUCGGCUCAUGCAUUUACAUAGCUACUAGUGUAAUAUCGUUUCGUUCCAAUAACAAUUCCAUGUUUGUUUAUACACAUAUUACGCAUACACUAGUACGUACAACUUGACAUAUGGAUAG